AUGAACCUGCUGCUGGGACUCUACUGUUUGCUGAUGGAGCUCUUGGCAGUCAACUGCAAGGUGCUCAUGCAGGAGCGUAUUGUCGGCGGUUAUAUAUCUGCCCCAAACUCCCUCAAAUACAUUGUUUCACUGCAAAGCACCAAAGGCCAACACUUCUGUGGUGGAUCAUUGGUUCACAAGUACUGGGUGCUGACUGCAGCACACUGUAACAUUGGGGAAGAACACAUGAUGAUAGUGGCAGGUGACUACACCACAAGUACCUAUGAAGGGACUGAGCAGUACUCAAAACCCUUCAGGCUGGUUCCCCAUCCCCUCUACAACAAAAGUAUCAACAAUGCUGACAUCAUGCUCAUUAAGCUGCGAGCCCCCAUGGUACCCAACAAAUACGUGUCCCUGGCCCCCCUCCCCAGACAGGGCACGAGUGUAACAGAGGGCCGGCUGUGUCGGGUGUCUGGGUGGGGCUACACCGGUCUGAGUGGAAGCCAGGCCCCCUUCACCCUCAGGACAGUCAAAGUACCCAUUGUCUCUAGUGCAAGGUGUAACAGCAGUGAAUAUUUCAGUGGAAACAUCACUGCAAAUAUGAUCUGCGCCGGCUAUCGUACCGGGGGAAAGGAUGCAUGCAAGGGAGACUCCGGAGGGCCACUGGUCUGUGAGGGCCAUGUCUAUGGCAUAGUAUCCUGGGGAAAUGGCUGCGGUGAUGCCAAGUUUCCAGGAGUCUACACAGCGGUUUCCAAGUUCCGCCGGUGGAUAGACAGGACCAUCUAUGGGUCCUACCUACGCUGUGUGAAGCACUAA